AUGUUGAAGUUUAAAUGUGGAGCCCGAAAUCCGGUUGAGGCAGGACCAAUGGAGCCCAUCACCAGCCGAGCCUCUCGGCUAAAUCUGCUCUUUCAGGGGAAGCCACUCUUUGUGACUCAACAGCAGAUGUCUACUCUCUCCCGGGAAGGCAUCCUUGAUUCAUUAUUUGUUCUUUUUGAAGAAUGCAAAAACCCUGCUUUAAUGAAAAUUAAACAUGUUGGCAACUUUGUCAAGAAGUAUGCAGAGGCUAUCGCUGAACUAAAGGAACUGCAACCCAGUGUGAAGGACUUUGAAGUAAAGAGUGUGGUUGGCUGUGGUCACUUUGCAGAUGUCAAAGUAGUGAGAGAGAAAGUCACUGGUGAUGUCUAUGCUAUGAAGGUGAUGAGCAAGGAGUCCUUGCUGGCGCAGGAGCACGUGUCAUUUUUUGAGGAAGAACGCAGCAUAUUAGCUCAGAGCACCAGUCCAUGGAUUCCACAAUUACAAUAUGCAUUUCAAGACAAGAAAAAUCUCUACUUGGUGAUGGAAUACCAGCCUGGAGGGGAUUUGCUGUCACUCUUAAACAGAUAUGAGGACCAACUGGACGAGAAUAUGGUGCAGUUUUACCUUGCAGAGUUGGUUUUGGCCAUUCACAGUGUCCAUCAGAUGGGUUAUGUCCACCGGGAUAUCAAACCAGAGAAUGUUCUUAUUGACCGAACAGGACACGUUAAACUGGUGGAUUUUGGGUCAGCUGCCAAAAUGACAGUAAACAAAACGGUCAAUGCCAGGCUCCCUGUGGGCACUCCUGACUACAUGGCACCAGAGAUGCUGACAGGGUUGGGUGGGGAUGGCAAAGCCUCCUACGGCCCCGAGUGUGACUGGUGGUCCCUCGGAGUCAUCGCCUAUGAAAUGAUUUAUGGAAGGACUCCCUUCACUGAAGGCACUUCAGCAAAAACUUUCAAUAACAUCAUGAACUUCCAGAGAUUUCUGAAGUUCCCAGAGGAUGUGAAAGUUAGCAGUGACUUUCUUGACCUGAUCCAGAGCCUGCUCUGUGGGCAGAAGGAAAGGCUGGGUUAUGAAGAUCUCUGCUGCCAUCCAUUUUUUUCUAAAAUUGACUGGAACAAUAUCCGUAAUUCUCCUCCCCCCUUCGUUCCUACUCUCAAGUCUGAUGAUGACACCUCAAAUUUUGAUGAACCAGAGAAGAAUUCGCGGGUUUUAUCCUCUACGCGCCAGUUGAACCCAGCAGGAUUCUCUGGGGAAGAUUUGCCGUUUGUGGGGUUUUCAUUCAUCAAGGCUUUGGGGAUACUCAGAUCAGAAUCUGUUUUUUCAAGUGUGGAUUCCCCAGCCAAGGUCAGCUCCAUGGAAAAGACACUUCUUCUCAAGAGCAAAGAACUCCAAGACGCCCAGGACAAGUGUCACAAGAUGGAGCAGGAAAUGACGCGGUUGCACCGGAGAGUGUCAGAGGUGGAGGCUGUACUUAGCCAAAAGGAGGUGGAACUGAAAGCCUCUGAGACCCAGCGAUCCCUCCUGGAGCAGGACCUGGCCACCUAUAUCACAGAAUGCAGUAGCUUAAAGCGAAGCCUGGAGCAGGCACGGAUGGAGGUGUCUCAGGAAGAUGAUAAGGCACUACAGCUACUUCAUGAUAUCAGAGAGCAAAGCCGAAAACUGCAAGAGAUCAAAGAACAGGAAUACCAAGCUCAAGUAGAAGAAAUGAGGCUGAUGAUGAAUCAGCUGGAAGAGGAUCUGAUCUCGGCUCGCAGGCGCAGCGAUCUCUACGAGUCAGAGUUGAGGGAGUCCCGCCUGGCAGCUGAGGAAUUCAAACGUAAAGCUGCCGAAUGCCACAACAAGCUGCAAAAGUUACAGGUUAAAGAUCAAGGGAAAAAUGAGGCAGGAGAGUUGUAUACCAAACUGGAAAAGAUCAAUACGGAGCAGCAGGCCAAAAUCCAGGAGCUUCAGGAAAAGCUGACAAAGGCUGUGAAAGCCAGUUCAGAGGCAACUGAGCUCCUGCAGAAUAUCCGUCAGGCAAAGGAGAGAGCUGAGAAGGAGUUGGAGAAACUUCAGAACAGGGAAGAUUCUAAUGAAAGCAUGAAGAAAAAAUUGCUUGAAGCAGAGGAACGGCGCCAUUCCCUGGAGAAUCAAGUGAAGAGAUUAGAGACUGUGGAACGUAGAGAAAACCGCCUAAAAGAAGAUAUUCAAACUAAAUCUCAACAGAUUCAACAGAUGGCAGAAAAAAUUCUGGAGCUGGAGGAAAAGCACCGUGAGGCUCAGAUCGCAGCACAACAUCUGGAGUUGCAGCUGAAACAGAAGGAGCAAUUCUAUGAGGAGAAACUCAAAGUGUUGGAAAAUCAGAUGAAGAAGGAUCUUGCAGAUAAGGAAGCACUUGAGAAUAUGCUCAGAAGACAUGAAGAAGAAGCACGUGAGAAAUGCAAAGUCCUGGCUGAACAAAAGGCGAUGAUCAAUGCAAUGGAUUCGAAGAUCAGGUCACUGGAGCAGAGAAUUGUGGAAUUGUCUGAGGCCAACAAGCUGGCAGCAAAUAGCAGCCUCUUUACCCAGAGGAACAUGAAAGCCCAAGAGGAGAUGAUUUCAGAGCUCAGGCAACAGAAGUUCUACUUGGAAACACAAGCUGGAAAGUUGGAGGCCCAGAAUCGAAAAUUAGAAGAGCAAUUGGAAAAGAUGAGUCACCAAGAUCACACUGACAAGAACCGCCUGCUGGAGUUGGAGACACGGCUGAGAGAGGUUAGUCUAGAGCAUGAAGAGCAAAAGCUGGAGCUGAAGAGGCAGCUGACAGAGCUGCAGCUGACCCUGCAGGAGCGGGAAUCCCAGAUCACUGGGCUGCAGGCUGCACGGACAGCCCUGGAGAACCAGCUCCGCGAGGCCAAGACUGAGCUGGAGGAGACCACAGCUGAGGCAGAGGAGGAGAUUCAAGCUCUCACGGCACAUAGAGAUGAAAUCCAGCGUAAAUUUGAAGCCCUUCGUAAUAGCUGCACAGUGAUUUCAGAUUUGGAAGAGCAGCUGAACCAGCUCACUGAAGACAAUGCAGAGCUGAACAACCAGAAUUUCUUCCUGUCCAAACAACUUGACGAGGCCUCAGGGGCCAAUGACGAGGUUGUCCAGCUGCGGAGCGAAGUCGAUCAUCUCCGCCGAGAGAUCACUGAGAGGGAGAUGCAGCUGACCAGCCAGAAACAAACUAUGGAGGCCUUGAAGACAACAUGUACGAUGCUGGAAGAGCAAGUAAUGGACUUGGAGGCCCUGAAUGAUGAACUCCUGGAGAAAGAGCGCCAGUGGGAAGCAUGGAGAAAUGUUCUAGGGGAUGAGAAGUCCCAGUUUGAAUGUCGAGUUAGAGAGUUGCAGAGGAUGCUGGAUACUGAGAAACAGAGCAGAGUGAGAGCAGAUCAGCGUAUUACUGAGUCUCGCCAGGUGGUAGAACUGGCUGUCAAGGAACACAAGGCAGAGAUUCUGGCCCUGCAGCAAGCACUCAAGGAACAAAAACUCAAAGCAGAGAGCCUUUCUGAUAAGCUCAAUGACCUGGAGAAGAAGCACGCCAUGCUGGAGAUGAACGCCCGCAGUUUACAGCAGAAGCUUGAGACAGAAAGGGAGCUCAAGCAGAGGCUUCUGGAGGAGCAGGCAAAGCUGCAGCAGCAAAUGGAUCUGCAGAAGAAUCACAUCUUCCGCCUGACUCAAGGUCUGCAAGAGGCUCUGGACCGAGCAGAUCUUCUGAAGACUGAAAGAAGUGACCUGGAAUAUCAGCUGGAAAACAUUCAGGUUCUCUAUUCCCAUGAAAAAGUGAAAAUGGAGGGCACUAUUUCUCAGCAAACUAAACUCAUUGAUUUCCUGCAGGCAAAGAUGGACCAACCAGCAAAAAAGAAAAAGGGCCUGUUUAGUCGGCGGAAAGAGGACCCUUCUUUACCCACACAGGUUCCCCUGCAAUACAAUGAGCUGAAAGUGGCACUGGAGAAGGAGAAGGCUCGUUCUGCUGAGCUGGAGGAGGCUCUACAGAAAACACGCAUUGAACUCAGAUCUGCUCGUGAAGAAGCUGCUCAUCGGAAAAUAUCCGACCACCCUCACCCCUCCACCCCGGCCACAGCCAGGCAGCAGAUCAUCAUGUCUGCCAUAGUGCGCUCCCCAGAGCACCAGCCCACGCCCAUCAGUCUGCUGGCUCCCCCCUCCAGCCGCAGGAAGGAAUCCUCCACACCAGAGGAGUACAGCCGGCGCCUGAAGGAGCGAAUGCACCACAACAUCCCCCAUCGCUUCAACGUGGGGCUCAACAUGAGGGCCACCAAGUGUGCCGUGUGCCUGGACACGGUGCACUUCGGCAGGCAGGCCUCCAAGUGUCUGGAAUGCCAAGUGAUGUGUCACCCAAAAUGCUCAACUUGCUUGCCAGCUACUUGUGGGCUGCCAGCAGAAUAUGCCACGCACUUCUCGGAAGCGUUCUGCCGGGAUAAGAUGAAUUCCCCUGGCCUGCAGCUGAAGGAGCCAAGCACCAGUCUGCGUCUUGAAGGGUGGAUGAAAGUGCCAAGGAAUAAUAAACGUGGGCAACAGGGCUGGGACAGGAAGUAUAUUGUCCUGGAAGGAACCAAAGUGCUCAUUUAUGAUGCAGAAGCAAGAGAAGCUGGACAGAGGCCUCUGGAGGAAUUUGAGCUCUGCCUUCCUGAUGGUGAUGUAACUGUUCAUGGAGCUGUAGGAGCUACUGAGCUUACCAAUACAGCAAAGACAGAUGUGCCAUAUAUCCUAAAAUUGGAGUCUCAUCCACACACCACUUGCUGGCCUGGUAGAACACUCUACCUGUUAGCACCCAGCUUCCCUGACAAACAGCGCUGGGUCACAGCACUGGAAUCAAUAGUGGCAGGUGGGAGAGUUUCCAGAGAAAAAGCUGAGGCUGAUGCUAAACUGCUGGGGAACUCCCUGCUGAAGCUGGAGGGUGAAGACCGUUUGGAUAUAAAUUGCACAAUGCCCUUCAGUGACCAGGUAGUACUGGUGGGUGCAGAAGAAGGUCUCUAUGCCCUGAAUGUACUGAAGAAUUCCUUAACGCACAUCCCAGGAAUGGGAGCUGUCUUCCAAAUUCACCUCAUCAAGGAUCUGGAGAAGCUGCUCAUGAUAGCAGGAGAAGAAAGGGCUCUGUGUCUUGUUGAUGUAAAGAAAGUGAAGCAGUCUCUAGCCCAGUCUCACCUCCCAGCCCAGCCUGAUGUCUCACCAAAUGUCUUUGAGGCUGUCAAAGGAUGCCACCUUUUUGCUGCUGGAAAAGUUGAGAACAGUCUUUGUAUCUGUGCAGCCAUGCCCAAUAAAGUGGUGGUUUUGCGGUACAACGAGAGCUUGAGCAAGUUCUGUAUCAGAAAGGAGAUUGAAACCUCUGAGCCUUGCAGCUGCAUCCAUUUGACCACUUACAGCAUCAUCAUUGGAACCAACAAGUUCUAUGAAAUUGAGAUGAAGCAGUACACACUGGAGGAGUUUUUGGAUAAAAAUGACCACACUUUGGCCUCUGCUGUGUUUGCUGCUUCCACCAACAGUUUCCCAGUCAGCAUCAUCCAAGUGAACCCAGCAGGGCAGAGGGAGGAGUAUCUGCUGUGUUUCCAUGAGUUUGGUGUCUUUGUGGAUUCCUAUGGAAGACGCAGUAGGACAGAUGACCUGAAAUGGAACCGCUUGCCCUUAGCUUUUGCCUACAGGGAGCCCUAUCUGUUCGUGACCCACUUCAAUUCCCUUGAAGUGAUCGAGAUUCAGGCACGAGCUUCUCUAGGAACUCCAGCACGAGCCCACUUGGAGAUCCCAAACCCGCGGUACCUCGGGCCUGCAAUCUCCUCUGGAGCGAUCUACUUGGCCUCCUCCUACCAAGACAAGCUAAGGGUGAUCUGCUGUAAGGGCAAUCUGGUGAAGGAGACCAACAACGAGCAGCAGCAGCAGCAGCAGCAGCACCACAGAGGCUCCUCUGCCACGCGCAGCAGCCCGAACAAGAGAGGCCCUCCCACGUACAACGAGCACAUCACCAAGAGGGUGGCCUCCAGCCCAGGGCCCCUGGAAGGGCCCAGCCACCCCCGGGAGCCCAGCACCCCUCACCGGUACCGCGAGGGCCGCACGGAGCUGCGCAGGGACAAGUCCCCGGGGAGGCCUCUGGAGAGGGAGAAAUCUCCGGGCCGGCUGCUGAGCACGCGCAGGGAGCGCUCCCCAGGACGACUCUUCGAGGACAGCAGCCGAGGGAGGGUGCCUGUGAGUGGGACCAGAACUCCUCUUGCUCAAGUCAAUAAGGUCUGGGACCAGUCUUCAGUGUAAGUCUCAGCUAGACAAAGUUACUCAUCUUGACCUGCAGGAAAAAAAGGAAAUAUACUGAGUAUAUGCACUCCAUCUGUCUGCAGCCCAGUUCCCAAACAGCAUUCCUGGGCCAAAGCUCACUCCGCAGUGGGAGCCGUGACGCUUUCCAAGACCGUUUGCAGCUCAGUUAAUUUCUCUGCACUUUCCUGCACUCCUGUUUUUGCACUUUGUACUACUGUUACUCUUUCAAGCAGUUCAUGAACUUUUUGUAUCCACUUUAGUCCCUAGUAGUUCAUCCAGGAAAUGGGACUCGUGUCCUACCCCAGGUCAUCACUGUGGUUAGCACCCCUUAACAGAGAGUUGGUCAUAGUUCUGAGACGUGCUGGGAUCCCCUGAUGGCCUGGAAACAGAAGGGCCAAGGUGAGUGAGUCUUUCAAUAGGAGCUGUGGUUGGAUAUUCUCCACAGAACACAAGAAAAAUUUCUUCUGAUUAGCCUGUUCACCUGCCACUUCUGAAAGUUAUUUUGUUCUCACUAAAAUCGCUUUAGAGCAGCUCUGAUGGGGAGGGAAGACCCCUGCUUUAACCAACGCCCCUGCCCGGCCCUAAGACAAAGUGCAUUACCUAUAAGCUACUGGGUUGUAAGACUUUAUCCAGGUCUUCUGCAUGACAGUUCACUGCAUGCUGCUGCACCAUCACUGGCUCUCCUUUUAGGUUGCUUUGCUGAGUAGUGUAUUGUACCUCACUUGUAAAUUAACUGAAAACUUUAGAUCACGCUGCAAAAUAGCCGUUAAUUACUCUGGAAAUUAGGCACCGAAGAGUUAACAAGCCUUAUUCUAUGACAAGAAUUACAGUCACACUUGUGUUCUCCUCUCAGCACUGGACAUGGUCUCUUCAGCAAUGAGUCCUGCCAGCCUCAGCUCCCCAGGGGGAGCAGCCCGGGCUGGCUCCUCCCUUGAGCUGUAGCUUGUCGUGCAAUCAGAUCCGGUGUCUUGGCACAGGACACCCACAGGGAGCAGCUUUGGCAGUCGCUGACACACCUUCGCUUCCCCGUGUUUGACCUCGAGCCUUUUAUUGCUUCCUAUUCUCUUCUGCUGUGAACAUGAAGCAGAGAGCAAAUGAUUUUCAAAGCGGGUUUUGACCAUUCACUCUGCAAUAGCAACAUUCUAAGUGAACAACCAUGUUCUUUACAACUGGAAAGAGCAAAACUGCAUCCAAUCUUCCCUUGGAGCCACACUUAACUUCUGCUAGUCCCUUGCAAGCCUGUGCUAACCUGUUCUAGAAUAACCCAUCAAAAUUCCAAUGCCUUGUCAGUGUCCUUUGGCGAGUUUCAUGAAUAUUGUAUUCUGUUCUCUUGUCUGUUGGGUUAUUUUCAGUCAGAUGAUUUGGCAGGAAAUUUGCUGAAAGUUUUUGUCUCCUGGUCUGAAUAUUUUGAAAGGUCACUGAGAUCAGUCUUUAAAUCUUUGCAUCUCAUGGAAGAUCUUCAAGACCUCAGAAAUGGGCUUGUUGAGUCCUGAAAGUGUAUAUCUUGUGUCUUGUUUGUGAAAUGCUUCCUGCUAUAGAAAUAGCUCAAAGGACUGUACAUAUUUACAAGAAACUUUAUAUUCGUAACAAAAGGGAAUUGAAUUGGUUUCUACUUUUUUAUUGUAAACUGUGCGUUUUUCAACACUGGCUUUUUGUUUUACUGGUGGUUGUGGACAGCCAUCUUCAGACACUGGAGGGGUCUCGCCUCAGUCCUCCUCGCACCCAUGAAGAAAUAUUGUAACAUUAACUUGCAAUUGAAGCUUGUUAGCAUAAAUGAGGUUUUAGGUCUCUAAAAGUACAGGAUUUUUCUUCAUUACCUUUUUAUUAUUGACAAGGGAGGGAACCAGAGGGACAGUUCAAAGCUCCACCUGGAAAGUACUGAACUUUGUUGUUGAACAAUAACCAAAUAAAACAAAUAACU